AUGGACUUGAAGUCGAAUCAUACUCCUGUUCUCACUGAUUCUGCACCCGUAACAAAGUCUAGACUGGGUGUGCAUUCCAGUUUGUUGCCGUACUCCCAUUCUGGGGCAACCUUUACACAUGGAAUGUUAUUAACUAUCCCGAGGAAGAAGACAGGGAUUCUUGAAGAUGUCCGCUGUAGUGGUUGGUUGGAUGCCAUGAAGUCAUCUUCACCUCCAGCCAGGAAGAUAACAAAGGAUGUUAGCCAUGGGUUUGCAUCAUCGGACUCUGAUACUGCCGGUGCUUAUUUUAGCUGGCUGCUCAAAUACCCAUCUGCGCUUACAUGUUUUGAUCAAAUCACAACCUAUGCAAAAGGAAAAAGAAUUGCGUUGUUUAUGGAUUAUGAUGGAACUCUUUCCCCAAUUGUGGAUAAUCCUGACUGUGCGUUCAUGUCCGACAAUAUGCGUGCAGCUGUUAAAAAAGUGGCAGAAUAUUUUCCAACAGCAAUUAUUAGUGGAAGAAGUCGUGAUAAGGUAUAUCAAUUUGUGGGACUAACAGAACUCUACUACGCUGGUAGUCACGGGAUGGACAUCAUUGGCCCUGUUAGACAAUCUGUAUCUGAUGAUCACCCGAAUUGCAUUAGGUCUACAGACAAGCAGGGUAAGGAAGUAAACUUGUUCCAACCUGCUGCUGAGUUUCUGCCCAUGAUUAAUGAGGUACUUAAGUCUCUUGAUGAGUGUACGAAAGACAUUAAAGGUGCUAAGGUUGAGAACAAUAAAUUUUGUGUAUCUGUGCACUACCGGAAUGUUGAUGACAAGUAUUGGGAUUUGGUGGGGCAACGUGUUCAUGAUGUUCUGAAGGGCUAUCCGCGUUUGCGCUUAACUCAUGGGCGGAAGGUUUUAGAGAUCCGACCUGUGAUUAACUGGGAUAAGGGGAAAGCAGUCACGUUUUUACUUGAGUCGCUUGGGCUAAACAAUUGUGAUGAUGUCCUUCCUAUAUAUAUCGGAGAUGAUCGGACUGACGAAGAUGCAUUUAAGGUUUUGAGAGAGGGAAAUAAAGGUUAUGGGAUCUUGGUGUCUUCAUCACCCAAAGAAAGCAACGCAGUUUACUCUCUUCGUGAUCCAUCAGAGGUCAUGGAAUUUCUCAAGUCACUUGUGUUAUGGAAGUUAAGCUCCUUAAAAAGUCUUAUAUAG